UUGCACAUCUGUGACUGAUGUUUCCCUUCUUACAGAAAUGUUAUAUUAGAGCUCUAAACAUCUGAUGCAUCUAUAGAGAAACGUUUCAUCAGUAGAUCUCCUGAGAGUGAAAUGUAGUUUUGAGGCUGAGUUACUAAUCACAGAAGUGCCUUCAGAGGGAAGCAAACAUCCUGAAAGCUUUAGCAGAUGAUCUAAACACAGCAGCAAGAAGAAGUGCUUGGAAGAAACUUCCUUUUUUGCUUUCUUUAUUACAAGAAAUCCUGACUGGAACAGCACAACCAAGAUGAUUUGUAGAUUGAAGGUUUUUGUUUUUGCUGCUGCUCUUUUCUCCCUGAAUUUUGAAGUCUGUUUUUGCAAGUGUUCCCGGUCUAAAUAUGACAACGAUGGAGAAUGUUGUGCCAAGUGUGAACCUGGGUCCCAUGUUCGUAAGCACUGCACUGAGGAUUCAGGCACUAGCUGUGCUCCAUGUCCUGCAUCAACUUUCACAGUUGAACAAAACGGACUCACAGAAUGCAUGAAAUGUACAGUGUGUGAUCCUGGUCAGGGUUUAAGAGUAAAGACUCCCUGCACUCAGUCAUCAGACACAGUCUGUGAGCCACUAGAUGGACAUUACUGCACUGAUGAACAAAACAACUGCUGUGUACAAGCUGUGGAACACAAAAAAUGCAGGCCUGGACAAUAUAUAAAGCAUAAAGGAACAUCAUCUAAAGAUACUGAAUGCGAUGAAUGUGAAGAUGGCACCUACUCAGACGGCUCUUUUCAAACUUGUAAGCCACAUUCAAAAUGUGAAGAUGACAGCCGUAAAGAAAUAAAGAAAGGAACACCUUCUUCUGAUACCAAAUGUAAAAGUAACAUUCCGGUUGGUUUAAUAGUUGGAGUCACGGUUUCUGUUUUUGUUAUUCUUGUUGUUGUUCUUGUUGCUGUGAUUGUUGUAAUAGUAAAGUAUUGCAGAAGGAGACGUAAGACCGGCAGCCUUGAAGAUUCUGUACCUCCGACACAAUCUAAAGCAGUAGACAUCCUUUUUUGGCAAGAGAUUAAGUGGAACAUUCAACAGUUCAUUAUAAAAGUCUCUAAAGGUGAUGUGGAAAAGACACCAGAGUAAAGAAUCUGGCAGUAAUGGAGAGCACUUCACUGUUCUGCUGAAUCUUUGUGGAGAUAACAACUACACUGGGGACAAAGUAACCUGAUCUGAUGAUGGAUUGGGUUCUCAUUUUCUCUUCUUUGCAACUGUUACCAAUGUUAAAAAAUAUAGUACAUAUGUUUUCUUGUGAAGAUACAUUAUAUAGCCAAAAGUUUGUAGACACCUGCCCAUGCAACACUAUUUCUGGAAUCAAAGGCAUUCAUUUUUUCCUGCUGUCCUGUAGCAACAGCUUUUAAUUGAAGGCUUUACAUGAGAUGUUGAAGCAACAAUGUGAGAAUCUGACUGUAUUCAGCCACAGUUCAAUUAAUGAGGUCAGGUACUGAUGUUGGAUAAUUAGUUCUGGAUCACAGAUGUCACUCUGACUCAUCCCGAAGGUAUAAUGAUGGUAUAUCCUGAAAUAAUGGGAGUAUAUCUGCAUCACUUUAUAAAUCACACCCUCACAGCUCCACACCCCAGUACAGGUUGAAUUUAUACCCCUCUCACUAAUGCUUUCCAUUGGCCAUGUUAACGGUUUUAGUGCUCCAUUCUAUUGGCUAUUUCAUUUCAUUAUAUCAUAUAAAUGUAAUGUGGGUCCAGUGGUUGGACCUUGAAGCAAGCAAAUUCAUUAACUAGAAGAGGUGUCUGGAUACUUUUGGACAUGUAGUGGACAUAGCCAAUGCCUCAUAAACUUAUUAAUUGAUUUUACAUAUUAUAGGUUGAUUUCCUGUGAUUAAUCAUAUAUUCACAAAUAGUCAUUUAUGUUCAUUCAAUCACUUAUUCAAUAAUACACAUGUAAUACGGUUUUAGUAGUUUGUGAUUAAGGGUUUUUUGGGAUGUUCUUUUUUCCACACAUAACUUGCAAAUUAAAGUGUCUUUUUAUCUGUUUUUAUCUGUGCUCCAAAAGUGGUAUGGUCAUUCGGUACAUAAAUGCUUUUGUUUUUAAGUCGACAUCUGAAAAACUAUGAAAUCAAAUAAAAUUUCUUAAGCCUUAAGUAGUCUGGUAAGUAGUUUGGCUCAGAUCACACACAAGUGAGGAGGAAUUUGACCAAAACCAUUGCUAGGCUGCCUCAUGGCUUUGCCACCUGAGAGGCUUAAUACUAUUUUAUCUUCAGAACUACUGAGAGUCUGCUAUUUUUUCUGUUUAUUUAGUUAUUUUUUGAGCAUUUAACCAAUGAUUAUCUAGUGAUGUAUAUAUAUUUGU